AACCCGCAAUGGCAGUGCUGGAAAGAAGAUCUGCACAACUUGAAAAGGUUACAAAUAAACAGAUGUUAUGUUCCUGCAUCGUUUGGAGAUGUGGUACAAAGAGAACUGCACCACUUUUCUGAUGCAAGUACGACAGGAUAUGGACAGUGCACUUACCUAAGACUGAUAAACAAAAACAAAGAGGUACACUGUAGUUUUGUAAUGGGCAAAGCUCGAGUCUCUCCAACAAAGGUUACCACGAUUCCGAGGCUAGAGUUGUCCCCAGCUGCAGUAUCAAUCACAGUAAGCAGCAUGCUAAAGGAAGAGCUACUCUAUGACAAUGUGAAAGAGUUCUUUUGGACAGGUCACACUGGGGUACAUUGGCAAUGAAGCAAGACGCUUCCACACAUUCGUUGCCAAUAGAGUGCAAAAAAUACGUAACAAUACUGCACCACAGCAAUGGUUCUAUGUACCGACGAGUGAAAACCCGGCUGACAUAGCAUCAAGGGGCACAUCAGUAGCGGAACUGCUAUCAUCAAACUGGCUCACAGGCCCUCAAUUCUUAUGGGAAAAGAAGUUAAAUCUUCCAACUAAAGAGUCUAUUGAACUUUCGGUGGGAGAUCCAGAGGUGAGAAAAGUGCAAACACUCAACAGCCAAACUACAGAACACAGAAGUCUCUGUGACCGUCUCACAAGGUUCUCAUCCUGGCCACACGCUGUCAGUGCCAUAGCACGUCUCAAACGGUUCCUACUCGGAGACAAAUCAAAGUCACUCAGCACUGUAACUGAAAGACAAAACGCUGAAACGGUGAUUAUCAAAGACUUACAAAGACUAACAUUUUCAGAUGAGAUAAAGACAUUAAGCAGAGGAAAGGCACUACAUGAGAGCAACAAAAUGUACAACUUGGAUCCUUUCUUGGACGAAGACAAUGUGCUCAAGGUGGGAGGAAGGCUACAACACUCAUCGGUUCCUAACACAUUCAAACAUCCAACUGUCAUUCCAAGAGACCAUCAUAUCACAAAACUCAUAAUCGCUCACUGUCACGAAAAAACAAAUCAUCAGGGAAAGAGCUUUACAAUGAACGAAAUACGGUCCAGCGGUUAUUGGAUUCCCAAGCUAAGUCAAACAGUAUCAGACUACAUCCGUCAGUGUGUGACGUGUCGGAGACUAAGAAGAGCUGUGGAAGGACAAAGGAUGAAAGAUCUCCCCACAGAAAGAGUCGAACACUCUCCGCCUUUCACAUACUGUGGUAUGGAUGUUUUCGGCCCAUUCCUAACCAAACAAGCAAGAAAAGAAAACAAAAGGUACGCUCUCCUUUUCACUUGUUUCUAUUUACGAGCAGUACACGUAGAAAUGUUAGAAGACCUGACUACGGACGCUUUCAUUAAUGGACUAAGGUGCUUUAUAGCUCUGAGAGGCUCUGUCAGACAAAUAAAAUGUGAUCGAGGUACUAACUUUGUAGGUGCCAAAAAUGAACUGUGUGCAGCACUGAAUGAAAUAGACACUGAAAAACUGACAACCUUUCUAUCUGAAAAACAAUGUGAUUUUGUGUUUAACACACCCCAUGCUAGUCACGCAGGUGGAGUAUGGGAACGACAAAUUCGGACUGUGAGAAACGUCCUCAACGCCACACUUGCUCUCGCAAAGAGACGACUCACUGAUUCAUCGCUCAGAACCUUUCUCUAUGAAGCAGCUGCAAUAGUAAACAGCCGCCCGUUGACGACAGACAAUCUCAAUGAUCCAAACAGUUUGAAACCAAUAACUCCAAAUCAUCUCCUAACUAUGAAAACCACAACAGCUUUGCCUCCUCCAGGACAGUUUGUUAAAGAGGAUCUGUAUGCUCGGAAGCAAUGGCGUCAGGUACAAUAUCUAACAGAACAAUUUUGGAGCAGAUGGAAGACAGAAUAUCUUCACAACAUCAGGGUUCGGCAGAGAUGGCAUGCUGCUAAAAGGAAUAUGCAAGUAGGUGACAUAGUGAUGGACAAGGAUGAAAUGCUGCCACGAUCCCAAUGGAGACUUGGUAGAGUUGUGGACACCAUAACAGAUGAAGAUGGACUUGUGAGAAAGGUCAAAGUAACCUUUGCAGACAGAAACCUUAGUAAAAAGGGUGAACGUUUACAUAAGAUGUCUACAGUAGAACGCCCAGUUCAUAAGUUGGUUCUGCUGUUGUGAAGUUGUGAAAAGCAAGAUGCACUAAGAAGUUAAAGUGCAAUGAAAAUUAGUUGUUGCAUAUACAAAGGUAUUAUCAUUGUUAAGUUACCUGUUUGGAAAUUAUUUGUGUUUUAUUUUGUUUAGAACAGCAAAUAAUUUGGUGGGAGUGUAACGGCGGAUGUGUAAAGCUAGCUCAUGUACACGUAAUAUAACGUUUGUGCUUUUAUUUUGGUAACUUCCUGUGUGACCGGAAGUGAAUGUUGCUAACGGUAACUAGCUUGAUGUACAAAAAAAGACGGAAGAAAACGGAAAACUAAUGCUAACGGAGAAAAGGGAGAGAAAGACACGGUUAAAUUGUAUAAAAUGAAUGGUUCUAGCUACAGUCGACAGGGGAACAAGCUCUUACGUUGGUUCGUUGUCUGAUACACGGCAAGGAAUAAUAAAGGUCAUUCAACAACCAUCAGUUCUGGCCUUCUCAGUUCGACUGGAUGCUACAAACAGAAAACACAAAACAGCACUGUUAAAACAAGGGAUGAAACUGAAAGGAUCCGAUGUCUUCAUGAAUGAACAUCUGACAAAAAGAAAUGCGGACAUCGCCAGGAAAGCACGUUACUUGAAGAAACAGGGAAAAAUUCAAAAUACAUGGACCACCAACUGUAAAGUAUUCAUUAAACUCAAUGGAACACCGGAACAAGCCAAAGUGUUGGUCAUCAGAAAUAUGGAGGAGCUGGACAAAUACUGAGGUUCAACUUACACUGGAGGUAUGAAUACACACGUGACGUGACACACAACACAACACAUGGCACAGUCUAAAAGAACUUCAUCUGCAUCCGGCAACAAUAUCAAUAUAACUCAUUGGAAUUCUGUUUAUGAUAAUCUGGAACUGAGAACAUUUCGAUACACAGACCAUAAUGUUCUAGACUUAGAAAAGGAUAUAGACCCGGAAAAUAAUUUCUUCUACAAUAUCAGCAAUAACUGCUGCUACUUCACUGAUGAACAGUUUAAACACACCAUCAACACGGAAAAUAAAUUAUCAAUAAUCCAUUUUAAUAGCAGAAGUCUGUAUGCCAAUUUCAACAAUAUAAAGGAAUAUCUAAAUGAGUUGACAAAUCCAUUUGGAAUUAUUGCCAUUUCUGAAACAUGGAUCAAUGCUGAGAAAGGACUGGACUUUGGACUGGAGGGAUAUGAUGUGAAUUUUGUAAAUAGAAGGAACAAAAGUGGAGGGGGAGUGGCUGUGUAUAUGGAUAAAAACCUAAAUUACAAGGUGGUAGAA